GCGCAAACAUUUUGAUGGGCGUGUUUGCAGUAGUGCACGUGAUCUCUGUUGCGGCGCUACAAAAGACAUUUACCGGAAGUUGUAUGGACCAAUGAGAGCUCAUUUAUUCGGUCACGUGUGCGAAGGAAAACACAAGAGGACGGAAUCAUCAUGGCGCCUCUCGUGAAAACACGGCAGACCCAGAAAACGGUCGACGGGAUCUCGACUCAAGUCGUUUGCACGGACUUCAGUAACUACAUCUUCAUUGUGCUUACACAGUAUGGGAAGAUUGGGACGCUGGUAUCCGUAUCGCCUGACUCGAGAUCCAGCGAAAUCAGCACAGCCACGCUUACUACGAAAGUGCUGCUCGGGAAAGAUGAGGCUCUUACGCACGUCUAUGCAAAAAACGUUGCAUCAUUUGUAUGCCAGGAGGCAGGAAAUCGGCCCGUCCUUUUGGGGCUUGCACUUAAAGAAUGCAGAGCUGAAAAUCUGAAAACCCUCAAAGAAAUGAUUAAGAGCUGCCAAGUAUGGUGACUGUGAGAAUUUGGGCCUUAUUUUUGACACAAAAUGCUGACUGUGGUGAAAAUUACAUUUUUAAUGUAAUGGUUUCUGACAAGUCGUAUGCUUUUAUUAUUGCUUGAAUAAAUUGUUGUUUUUUCAUUA